AUGCAGUUGACUUUAAUUCUCUGUUUUAUAGCGAUCGCAGGAUUCGCCACAAUCCAUGCCCAAAAAGCGGGAUGCGUUAAAGAAGUCUGUCCAGCGAAAGAGAAGUAUCAAUGCUGUGGUUCUUGCGUUCAGCGCACGUGUGCCCUGGAGGAUGAAACUACGUGUCCGGACGUUUGCUAUAAAGGUUGCUACUGCAAGAAGGGUUAUGUGCGGCAGUUCGCACCGAACGGUCCAUGCAUUCGGCUGAAAAAGUGUCCCCGUACCAUUCCAACCGCAGCACCGAGCAAACAGUAG